CUCGUCGCUAGCAAUUCGCCCGGAGAAGCGACGCAAACAUUUGCGCUGGGGGUUGUUUAACAGUCUCCGCAACACACGAAAACGAUGCCUCCGAACCAAUCCAGUCUUUGCUGCCUCCGAAGUUCGACGUCACCUAAUCGGACACCGAGGAAUCCCACGUGUCACACGUCGCAAAUGUACUCUAGAAAAUGAUCAAAUCGAUUGUUACUUUCCUCGUAUUCUGUCAAUUGCUCAACAUCGGAAAAUGCCUGCGGGUGAACGGCACUCACAAUGAAAAUUCAGAGACAGCGCAGCGGUUCAGGUUGCGAAGGAGCCUUACGUUUCCCAAUUCGUCUCAGCUUUUGCUGAUCUUCGGUCUAGGCACACCGUUGCAGUUGGAUCGCGAGAGUGUAAUCGUGGGUGUAUUUACGAAAAUGAUAUACGACAUGCCGUCUGACGCCACGGAUUUCACGGAACCAGGAGUGUAUUAUGCAAGGACCAGUAGGAGCAGGUGGAGUUUCUACAAAUUGUUUGAAAAGAUGGCAGCCAUAUAUGGCUUUGGUGGCAAAGAGUGUUUACUCAAGGCCAUUUGCGAAGCCGCUUUCGUCCCAUUUGACGCCCAUCACGGUUUACUGGGACAAUUGGUACAGACUUUCCUUAGGCCCUCCAGCACCCGGGAAGAGUACGACGAGUACGGGGAUCGGGAAUAUCGGGCGGCUGAACGGCUGGGCGAGCUGGCGGAGGGCGCAGGCUGCCACGCCCUUUAUCCGGAAUGCCGCAAAAGUGUGCUCGACGUGUUUUCUACAUUGACCACGUGAGACGAUCGGAUGGAAAUCUCGACGGAAAGAGCGGCGGAAUUGCAUCGGAAGUACGGACGGAGCCCGGGAGAUCGCUGAAAUAUCGAAUCGCCGAACGAUUUCAUCAAAACGCUAGGAUU